AUGCCAGGUUCUUACUUGCAACUUCAUGCAGUGAGGCUGCAAUGUUCCUCUCUUAUGACUGUUGUUGGUGAUACAAUGGCAUCUAAUUCUUCUUCAAAAGAAGGGGAACAGAACGAAGCAGCUGAAACCUUGGAUGACAAUAAAAUGGUUCUUGUCAAGCUAACUGAGGUUUUCAUGGUUGACAAGAAGCCGGCUCCAACUGACUGGCGAAGAUUAUUUGUUUUCAGCAAGGAAUGGAACAACAUCCGGCUUCACUUUUAUAAGCAGUGUCAGGACCGAGCAGAUAGCGAGAAUGAUUCUGGAUGA